CUUGUUUUAGUCCCCUUCUUGUUCGAUCAGCGUCGAAGGAAUUCACCGCCCAAAUUAGUUACUGCUCCAAAAACCUAGCUCAAUCCCGUAUCUCCCCCACCGCCAUUCUCCGGCACCAGGCCGUCCUUGUCGAUUGCCAUCAUCAUAAUCAAAUCUAUCUCGCUGGUGAAACUCUUCCCAGGUCGAAACCUAGCUAGGAGAUUGUGCAACCAUGUCGGUCACGGCGGGUGUCAGCGAUGCGGCACUGGCCACCCGAGACAAACUCAAAGGCAAAAUCAAUCCGACCAAAGUGAAGAGGUACUGGCCAGGUAAAGCUCCCGAGUGGGCAGACGAAGCAGAUGAAGACGGCGAUAUCAGGAUGUCCAAAAUGGACAUCCUGGAAAAGGCCUUCCCAAGCCACGACGGUGCUUCCGAUCCCGCCCUGAGAGACGAUCCCAGGCUCCGACGUCUGGCCGUGAGCAGGAUUGACAACCGGGACGAGGCAAGAGCCGACCACCGCAGAAUCCGACAGGCUGAGAUUAUAUCCACGGAGGAGGAGGAGAGGCUGGAAGGAUUAGACGCCGAGGAAGAAGAUGAGGAGGCACUGGAAGAGAGAAGGAGAAGAAUCAGGGAGAAGGCUCGAAUGAGGGAGCGAGAGGAAGCUGCACUGCUUCCUGUAGAAGAGGAAGAAGAUGAAGAAGAAGCAGAAGAAGACGAGUCUUCUGAGUAUGAGACCGACUCCGAGGAAGAAACGACAGGUAUGGCAAUGGUGAAACCUGUGUUUGUGCCUAAAUCAGAGAGAGAUACCAUAGCCGAAAGGGAGCGGCUUGCCGAAGAAGAAAGGGCUUUUGAGGAGAAAGUGAAGAGGAAAAUGGAAGAGAGGAAGGUGGAGACUAAGCAUAUGUUGGUUGAAGAGAUUAAGAAGGACGAACAAAUUCAGAAGAAUUUGGAGAUGGAGGCGGAGAUUGCUGAUGUGGAUACCGAUGAUGAGAUGAAUGAAGCAGAAGAGUAUGAAACGUGGAAAGUGAGGGAAAUUGGGAGGAUCAAAAGGGAUAGGGAAGAUAGAGAGGCGAUGUUGAAGGAGAAGGAAGAGAUUGAGAGAGUGAGGAAUAUGACUGAAGAAGAGAGGAGGGAAUGGGAGAGGAAGAACCCUAAACCUGCUCCGCCACCUAAGCAGAAGUGGAGGUUUAUGCAGAAGUAUUUUCACAAAGGUGCUUUCUUUCAGGAUGAAGGCGAUGAACGUGCUGCUGCUGCAAGUGCUGGGUCCGAUAAGAAUGUCUUUAAGCGCGAUUUCUCUGCACCAACUGGUGAAGAUAAGAUGGACAAGAGUAUAUUGCCGAAGGUUAUGCAGGUGAAGCACUUUGGUCGCAGUGGAAGGACAAAAUGGACUCAUCUUGUUAAUGAGGAUACUACUGAUUGGGAUAAUCCAUGGACAUACAACGAUCCACUGCGUGCAAAGUACAAUGCCAAGAUGGCUGGAAUGAAUGCUCCUAUAGCUAAACCGAAAGGGAGUAAGAAACUGAAAGAUUGGGAGACAAAAUAGUAAGGCAGCUGUAUUCCUUUCUUUUCUUUUUUGGUGGCAGAGGGAAAGGCUGGAGAAAGGAGGGGGGAAAUUGUGUUUGUAUCCCUCAAAAGGCCAAAAGAUGGUUGUGAAAUGAUCUGUUUUUUAUUCCUUGCACCAUUUUCUUUUGUGCCCUUUUCAAUAGAGUUGGAGCAUUUUUCAGUUACUCUAUCUAACUUCAUGG